GACAUUCUUUUUCCCCCAUGCAUAGUUCCUCUUUAAUUUAUGGUUGUAUGGCCCUCACUCUUCUCACUUUUCUAUAAGCCCCACCAACAAGCCCAUUCACACACACAGGAGUUAAUUUAAAGCUCACUUCACAAACACUAGUCUGCCUCCCGCGCCUUAUCAAAACGGAGAAGAGAACGAGACAAAGAGCCAUCCGGUGGCCUUAUCGCGACAUGGGCUUUCGUGAACCGUUCUUUAAAGCCCGUAUCUCCUAAAAACGUACGCGACUUCCCUCGGGUUCAUCUUAAAACGCACGAAAAUGCAAAUAUCGGCUCGCCUGGUUUUUCUCCUGAUAACCUGCUUCCUUUCGGCUGCAUCGUGCACCAGAGCCGUAAAACAGCCGACGGUUCUCGUGGCAGUUCUGGCUAGGAACAAAGCACACACGCUUCCGUACUUCCUGACCCUCCUGCAGCAACUGGAUUAUCCUAAGGACAGAGUUUCCCUCUGGAUUCGGAGCGAUAAUAAUGUCGACGCAACGGCUGAGAUAUUAAGAAUUUGGCUAGACGAAAAGGGGAGAAAUUAUCAUUCCGUCGAUGUCGAGAUCGACAACGAGUCGAAUGGAAUUCAAGGGGAAAAAGGAAUCGCCGACUGGCCCUUGGAGAGGUUUAACCACGUUAUCAAUCUGCGAGAGGAGGCCCUAAAUUACGGGAGAAGAAUCUGGGCCGAUUAUGUUUUCAUGCUAGACGCGGAUGCGUUCCCGACGAACCCGAAGAGUUUGCAACUCUUGACGGGGAAAAAUCAAACGAUUGUUGCUCCGCUCUUGAAGUCGGAUGGAAUGUACAGUAACUUUUGGGCAGGCAUGACUUCGGAUUAUUAUUACUUAAGGACGAACAGAUACAAGCCGAUUUUAAACCGAGACGAGACAGGGUGCUUCGACGUGCCCAUGGUUCACACCGCUGUUUUAAUCGACCUGAGGAAAGCAGAGAGCGAUCUCUUGACGUAUCAGUCUGAAAAUCUAGAGGACUACGAUGGGCCCAAAGACGACAUCAUUACUUUUGCAGUCGGUGCUAAUAAGUCAGGGAUUCCUCUCCACGUCUGCAACGACGAGGUGUACGGUUACGUGAUGGUCCCCUUGGAGAACCAGGGCACGAUUGGCCAUGACUUGCAACAGCUUACUAAUUUGAAACUGGAGAUAUUGGCCCAAGGGGAACCAUUGCCACUCUCGCAGAUCAUGUCUCCCUUUGUGAGGUACCCAGAAAGGGACAAACUUGGGAUGGACGAAGUCUACAUGAUAAAUCUGGAAAGAAGACCGGAGAGGAGAGUCAGGAUGGAACGUUGCUUCAAAGAGCUGGGCAUCGAUGCAAAACUGGUAAAGGCAGUGGACGGUAGGACUAUCGAUACGAAGAUGUUCGACAAUUGGGGAAUGUCGAUGAUGCCCACUUACUUGGAUCCGUAUCACAAGAGACCAAUGACCAAUGGAGAAGUCGGAUGCUUCCUUAGUCACUUCUUGAUAUGGGAAGAGGUCGUGUCGAAUAAUUAUACCCGAGUGAUGAUCCUGGAGGACGAUAUUCGCUUCGAGCCGUACUUUCGGCGUAAGGUCAAUUUCAUCAUAAGCGAAUUAACGAGGCUGGACCUUGAUUGGGACUUGGUGUACCUCGGAAGAAAGCGAAUGCAGGAGCAAGAGGAGCCGAUGGUGGAGGGUUCCGAAUUUCUGGUCCACGCUGGAUACAGUUACUGGACCCUGGGAUACAUGUUGUCCCUGAAAGGGGCCCAAAAACUGAUCGAAGCCAAGCCCUGUGAAAAUAUGCUGCCCGUGGACGAGUUGUUGCCCAUUCUCUUCGACAAGCAUCCCAGGACCGAAUGGAAGGAGUACUUCCCAAACCGCGACCUGGUGGCCUUUUCGGCGUCACCUCUCCUGGUUUACCCAACACAUUACACAGGGGAAUCCGGCUACAUAAGCGACACCGAGGACUCGAACGUCGUGUCGAAGCUAGAGAACCAAAAAAAUAAGAAAGUGGAGCUCUGAAGGCUCUUCCUUCCAACUAUCCCACCGUGCCAUCAGAGUGAAACGCUCUAUUUUUCAUACAAUCAAGCUGCUUGCCAUUAAUACUAAUACUCUACAAGAGAUCUAACUUUAGUUAUAACUUUUUAUAAUUUUGUAUAACACGACCCAGGUAGACCGUCACACUACCGUCGAGUGUAUCGAGUCUAUCCAAUCAAGACAAAUACCUAGAUUAAUGAAAAUAAAUUCCAACGUGCCAUGUUCGUUAACCCUCCCGAAUCUGUCGUUUCAUCCCCAGCCCACCCCCUUAAUAGUACUACACAGGGAAAACGGAUACACAAGACCAGACGUAAAAAACUGUAAUUUUUAUUAAUCGUAAUAAUAUGAUUAUUGACAAUGACGCGGCUAUGUGCACAUUAAAACACCUUAUCUUUAUCUUACAAGACCAGCUUCUCUUGUACACUAUGUACAGUAACUAAAUAUCUCGUAUUACUCAU